AUGCCGUCGCCGUCGCCGAUGGUGCGCGUGGUGUCGUCGCGCACGGUGAAGCCGCCGCCUCGGCCGCGCGAGCGCAUCGAGCUCACCUCCUGGGACGUCUCCAUGCUCUCCGCCAACUACAUCCAGAAGGGCCUCCUCUUCGCGCCGCCCGCCGACCCCGCGCUCCACGUCGUCGAUCACCUCGCCGCCGCCCUCGCCGACGUGCUCGCCGAAUACUUCCCCGUCGCCGGCCGCUUCGUCACGGAAAAGCACCGCGACGACCGCGGCGACGUCGUCGGAUGCUCGGUCUCCAUCGACUGCGACGGCCAGGGCGUCGAGAUCAUCCACGCCGUCGCCGACGGCGUCACCAUCGCCGACGUGAUACCUUCCGACGCCGACGUGCCGCCCGUCGUCCGCUCCUUCUUCCCGCUCGACGAUGCCGUCAACUACGACGGUCAUGAUGCCCCCCUCUUCGCCGCCCAGGUCACCGAGCUCGCCGACGGCGUCUUCGUCGGCUUCGCGUACAACCACGCGCUCUCCGACGGCACCGCCUUCUGGGACUUCCUCAACGCCUGGGCCGAGAUCGCGCGCUCCUCCAAGCUUCUCCCGCCUGCGGAACGCCCGCGCCUAACACGGGCGCCCUUGUUCGAGCGCUGGUCGCCCGACGGCGGCGCGGCGGCGCCGAUCGUCCUGCCGUGCGCCGACGUGUCAGAGCUCGUCGAACGGCUGUCCCCGCCGCCGCUGCGCGAGCGCAUGCUCCACUUCUCGACGGAGUCGCUGGCGGCGCUCAAGGAGCGGGCCCGGCAAGAGCUCCUGGCGGCCGGGGACACGGCGGGCGCCGCCGCCGUGACGCGGUUCCAGGCGCUGACGUCUCUGCUGUGGCGGUCCAUCACCCGCGCCCGGGGGCUGGCGCCGGAGCAGGAGACGGUGUGCCGCGCGGCCGUCAACAACCGCGGGCGGCUCCGGCCGGCGCUGCCGGCGGAGUACUUCGGGAACAGCAUCUACGCCAUCGGCACGGAGGCGGUGCGCGCGCCGGAGCUGCUCGAGCGAGGGCACGGGUGGGCGGCGGGGGCAGUGGGGCGCGCGGUGGCGGCGCACACGGACGCGGCCAUCAGGGCGCGCGUGGCGGCGUGGAUGGCGAAGCCGAUGGUGUACACACUGACCUGGUUCGACCCUUACGGGACCAUGAUGGGGAGCUCGCCGCGGUUCGACAUGUACGGCUGCGACUUCGGGUGGGGGAAGGCGGUGGCGGCGCGGAGCGGCAAGGCCAACAAGUUCGACGGGAAGACGUCGCUGUACCCCGGCCGGGAGGGGAGUGGCAGCAUGGACGCCGAGCUCACGCUCACACCGGAGCACAUGGCCGCGCUGGAGCAAGACGAGGAAUUCUGGGCCGCCGUGUCCCCUGACGCGCCAGCGCUGGAGGGGAAAGCUCAACUGACCUGAACAUUUUUCCCAGCCGACCAAAGGUGUCUACCUCGUACUCUAGUACAAGUCCAGUACCAAGAUUCAUCGGACAUGGCUACCUUUUCGUUUGUCCUUGAUCCCAUUCCUUUGUUUCGUUGCUAUCUCACCCACUACUUGUUAGUGCACUUUCUGUUCAAAACCUGCGUCUAGUCAUUGUCAUUUGAACCGGAAGGAAAAAAGACAUUAUCUGGCA